CGUCGGACUCCGUCACUGGGUGGAGCUCACAGUCAGACGCCGUCACUUGUUGAGGCUCGCUGUUGGACACCUUCCACCGUGGUCAUCUGUGCGUCGGUUUUCUCUGACACUUAUUGAGUUCUCUCUUUCCUCUUCCUUGUUUUCUCAAAACCAAAUUCCAGCAAACCAAACAGGGCCUUAGUUCUUUGAAAUUACAAUUCUUUUCUCGGUACCAGCAAAUUGAAAUCGGCAAAAUCCCGCCACGCAUCGUUGUUUGCCCACCUCAGCCCUCCUACUAAGCCCUCCCGCUGUCCAGCAAUUGUCCAUCUCCACUUCCGUUUCCAGCUCAGUGGUCGAUAUGGAAACCGAUGAGUCGUCUCGGCUGCUUCCUUUUCAGCUACAAUUCGACAAGCCUGUUGCUUCCCAGAUAAAAAUUGCAGAGUGGAAUCCUGAGAAGGACCUACUGGCCAUGGUUACAGAGGACUCAAAGAUCUUGCUACAUCGUUUUAAUUGGCAGAGGUUAUGGACCAUAGCACAAGGAAGGUGCAUAACAUCCUUGUGUUGGCGUCCGGAUGGUAAAGCAAUUGCUGUUGGUCUUGAAGAUGGAACAGUGUCGCUGCAUGAUGUUGAAAAUGGGAAGUUGUUAAGAAGCUUAAAAUCUCAUUGCGCUGCCAUCGUAUGUCUGAACUGGGAGGAAGACAGUCACCUAAUUACAAAUGACAGUGGUCCCGUAGCAAAGUAUGAAGAUAGAACCCCUCGUUUCUUCCCUCCUGCUCCCAGAGUUCCUCGGAUGCCUGGAUUGGUAUCUGGAGAUAGUGGCUUCAUGGAGGAUGGUGAAGAUUCAUUUCAGGAGCUGUCAAAUUCUUCUCAUCGACGUUUCAAUAUCCUAUGCAGUGGAGAUCAAGAUGGAAAUAUUUGUUUUACUAUAUUUGGCAUCUUCCCGAUUGGAAAAGUUAACAUACACAGCCUUGCUUUUCCUACUUCCUGUACGGGUGUAGAAGCAACGUACCAACUUUUAAAUGCUUCUAUACACAAGGUCUCUUUAUCAAAAGAUCUUUGCCGUUUGGUAGUCAUGUGCUCAGGGGUCCUUGUUGAAGUUGAUAAUGACUCGAGGCGAAUUCAUAAGGAUGGAGAGGUUCAUGGCCUACACUGUUUAGCAUUAAAUACUGCUAUAUUUUGGAACAGGAAAAAUGAGCUCCAUCAGGUAGCUCAACAAGCUUCUAACAUUGAGGAUUUGACUGAGGUUGUACGGACUUCAAUAUCUGUUAUGCGUAAGCAGUGGUCUGAUGCCAUGCACACUUUUCGGGAGAAGUUUAAUUCUUUGUCAUCCCUGAUUAUAGAUCACGGAUUUGAUUCCACCCCUCAAGAGGAGUUUCUGAGCCUUUUGGGUGGUGCAAGGACCAGUUCAGCUGUUCAUCAAUUUCUUGUUAACUCCCUUGGUGAAGUGGGUGUUAAGCGUGUUUCAAAGGUUCUCUCUGGUGCAGGAAAAGAACUUCAGCGUAUUGUCUUGGACCAUCUUCAGCCUGCUACAGAAGUUAUUGCAUUCAGGAUGGGAGAACUAAGAGGGCUUUCAAGAUGGCGUGCACGCUACUACGGCAUUGGCUUGGAUGAGUCACUUCUUAAUAAUGCAACAGAAAAGGCUGGUAUGCUACUUGUGCAAGUUGAACGAUUUAUGAGGAUUCUUUCAUCUGUUGUGCAGCAGUUUUCAAACUUUUUCAACUGGCUCUUAAAAUGUAUAAAGUUACUCAUGUCAGAACCUAGUGACCAGCUUCUACCAUAUAACAGUGAACUUGUUGUAAUAUUCCUGAAAUUUUUGUAUGACCAAGAUCCAGUUAAACAACUGCUGGAGAUAUCAGAAACGGAUGGUGAUGUUGAAGUUGAUUUGGAGACGUUGGAAAGAAUCAGAGAAUUAGUUCAAUUUGGGGGAUUCGCAGACUCUGAAUAUCUAAAGAGAACUUUGGCUAAAGAAUUUCAACAGAUGGAAUUAAGGUGGCUGGGAAUUAAGGUAUUUUAUUCCUCUUUCCAUUGCCCUCACCAAUGCUUUAAGGAGGCUCUCCAAAUGCCUUUUACUACAAUUUCAGGAAAAAUACUCUGUGAGGAUUUAUUACCACUCUUUCCCCUCUCAUCUUUGCCAGAAGCAUCUCUAUCCAUUAGAAUUCCUGCUUCAGUAUCGUAUUUUGAGGAUUUCUCCAAAACUUCUUUGUCACAUCAAACUUGUCAACAUCAGUUUAUUGAUUACAUAUCUUUCAAAGUACCUGACGAGUCUUUCACGGAUAUUGAGAAUUGCAUAUGCAUAGUGCGGGGGUUUAUGCAUGACUUGGAAUGUUUGAAGAAGGGCUAUAAUUCUUUGGAAGCUAUGUUGUUAUGCGUUCCUAGUGACUAUCAAUGCGUGGAUCUGUCUUUGUACAAGGAUACUCAAAUCGUCUUGUUACUAAACCAAGCUCCAACUACGUCAGAAAGCACCGGAGAUGGUUGUAUGAUGAUUCUACAAGCAAGCGAUUUGCCAUUUGUUUCUAUAUCAAGAUCUGCUCACACAGAUGUCUGGAGGUUAAAAGAACUCAAGGACUCUGCUGCGCACCUACAUGUUGAGGAUGAGAAAGCUCGCGCCAUUCCUCAUUCUGUAAUAGCUCCCUUGGCAGUUAGCGCAUCAAGAGGCGUGGCUUGUGUAUUUGCUGCAAGAAAACGUGCCUUGGUUUACAUCCUGGAUGAGGAUGAAGAUGAAGCCUCAGAUGCAGAAUAAUUGCCCAUUUAUUUUAAUUUGUAUGAUCUUUGGUUGAAUGAGAAAAUAUGUAGAAAAGGGAUAUCUUCCAUUUUCCCAUCAACACUUGCACCUAUCUAUCAUGGUUAUAUCCAGUGUUACAUCGCUUAUUUAUUGUAAUAUCCAAUUAUGAUGUAAUUAAAUGGAUUUUUUUUUAAA